AUGGCUAUUUCGACUCAGAGAAGCAUAUCCCUGCGACUUCAGGGAACCCACGACCAAUCUGAUGUUGUGAUAAAUGGUAUACUGGAGAAGAUUUCGUGCACAUCAACAGACAUACGAUCUCACUGCUCAUAUGGCCGUUUAGUACUCUCUCGGGCAGAAAACAGGUUACUACGCAAUGAGUUCGCCAAGAUGACGCUUCUUUUGACAAGCUGGGAGUUACGCUCGCAACCAUCCGGACUGGAGCUUAAAGUCUCCCGAUUGAAGAACACUGCACUUGGUAGGGUAUUACGCACUACUCGCUAUCAUAUAAUUCACCACCCUGCGGAUGUUUAUUGCGAAUUAUGCAUUGGGGAUGAAGCCGAAAAAUUGGUUAUGAACGAGGUUUCUCGGCUAAGAGUCGAUGAAGGAAAGGUGGAGCUCGAUGUGCCCGAUGUGCCCGAUCAGUUGGGCGUUCAACGAUUAGCCUGGUACGCGUCGAUUGAGAGCCAUACAUCGCUUAAACACGAGGCGAGCGACCCCCAAAGCCUUAACUUGGAUGACAUGCGUGGCUCAGAUGACAUGGUGGAAUGGCUAAAACUUCUUGGUCACUCAAUUGGAGACCUGAGCCACUUAAAUGUUAUACACGUCGCAGGGACGAAAGGGAAGGGCAGCACCUGUGCAUUCAUCGCAUCCCUCCUCAAGGCGCACGGGGAUAUGACCGGAGACCCUCAGAAAAUAGGGCUAUACACAUCCCCGCAUAUGAAGGACAUACGUGAGAGGAUUCGCAUUAAUGGUGAACCGAUAUCGAAAGACCCCUUUGCAACGCGCUUUUUUAAGGUCUGGGAUAAGCUACCGAGCAAAACUACAACCUAG